AUGUCUGAUAUUCUUCGCAUCGUUCUUGAAAAUGUCGACUUUCGUCUGCCCACACAAGUGACCGACGACAACAGUGUCCUCGCUCUCAAAAGCUUAGUCUUGGAACCCUUGAUUCGAUGGCAGCCAGACGGCGAGGUACUACCAGGGCUCUUCGAUCAAUGGGACGUUUCAAACGAUCAACGAACCUGGUUCUUUCACAUCCGAGAUGGAGCCGUCUUUCACGACGGGAAACCUUGUGACGCCCCCCUCAUUGUCGAAUACAUCAAGGGUUUUCUUGACUCACACGAUUACUUUGGCAUGGCCUGGAGCUAUAGUCGCUAUUUCGCCAAUACAGUAUUCACCGCCGAGGAUGCCAGAGUAGUCAAGAUCCAGCAUCAAGAGCCAUUCGCAGAUCUUCUGAACGUCCUCAAUGACUUUUGGCCGUCGAGAAUUGACUCGAAUGGAAAACCAAUCCUUGGCACAGGUCCAUAUCGCGUUGUCGACUUUACGCGUCAAGACAACGUUGGCUCUGCAACACUAGAGCUGAUAGAUUUUGCUCAGCAUCCAGAUUGGCCACGGAAAAUAGUCGCUACGGCGGCUCGCAAUGGUGAAGAAAGGCUGAAGCUUCUGCAAAGGGGGCAAGUGGAUGCGGCCUUGAAUUUGGAGCGCAUUGACGAUCUGAAUCUUCUCGACUUCCAAUCCUCGCUGCGGUGGGGAAGAAUUUCAAGCACCUUGUCAGUCAUCUAUUACCUCAAUUGCCCAGAGGGAGUCUUCUCUUCACCGCAGGUGCGUCUUGCUGCCAAUCUGGCCAUUGAUAACCAAGCUCUGGUUGACGAGGUCUACUUGGGCCUUGCUACGCCAGCUGCAACCGUCCUCAGCCCUCACCAUCUUGGCUUCAAGGAAGCAAACCUAAGUCCCAUCCCUUAUGACCCCGUACGAGCCAAAGAGCUCAUCAAGCACCUCGAUUUAAGCAACCCUAUUCGCCUGCGCACGCCAGAAUGGAUGCCGGAGCACGCUAUUAAGAUAACCGAGUUUGUCAAGAGAUCUCUAGAGGCCAUCGGUUUCAAGGUAGACGUCGAGAUCGAGACAGAUCGUCCAGAGUACGCACGGUCGAUAGGUCUGCGGAAGAACAUUGGCGACCUUGCUUGUUUCGACUCGACACCUAACACGACCUUUCGGGUUCUUGACGACAAGGUAUCGAGCGAAUCGCACGGUACGUGGUGGCUGGGGUACCAUGACGAUGAGUUUCAGGAGUUGUUUGCAAAGGCUAGAACAGCAGCAAAGGGAGAUGAUAGGAAGAAGGCGUAUGCGGAGGCUUUGAAGAGGGUGCAUGAAAAUCCGCCCUGGUUGUAUAUCGCUCAUCCGGAUGUCAUUUGGGCUACCAAGCCCGGAGUCAAGCUAAGUAUUGGUCCAUCGGGAGUACUGGAGCUGGGCAAGAUACUUCAAAGCAAAAGAGGCUAA